AUCGUCCGGUAACAAAAUAUUACAUUAAAAUUGGCAAAAAGGCUAACAUGCUAACGGUUGUGCCGUUAAAAAUGAGCUUCCGGUUGUAUUUUGGACACCUUUGAACCAAAGUAAAACCUCAUAAACAAUAUUGUAUUAGGUAUUUGCGAUUGUUUACCUUUGUGUUAUUUAAAGGUAAAUGUACUUUUAAUAUUCAAGCUUCGUGCGGGUGUAUUUAUGUCAUUAUUCACAAUGUGAACGCCCGCGGACGUCAUACGUAGACCCUCCAGUUUAAAAGUCCACAGCGCCCUCUGCUGGCGAAGCGGCGUUACUGACCGGAAGUGGCUGUAUCCAUGGGAGCCAGCUGCCACAAACUUCUUUUCUCGGCGAGCAAACAUGAGCAAAGACUCGGGUCGGCACGACAUGGCGCGUCUCCGGGUCGAACUGGAGCAAGAACGAGAAAUAAAGUAAGUUUUUUUUUCAGAACCGGAACUAUAGUUUGUGUUCUGAGAAACUUUUUCUUCUAUGUAAGAGACAUGUUGGAGGAGUCUGUGCGGGACUUGGGCUGCACCAUGAGGGAGCUGCAAGACCGGCUGCACGGUGUGGACCGGGAAGACAACGAGUGGAAGACCAGAUAUGAAACUCAGACCGAAGUCAACGCGCAGCUGCAGAGGCAAACCUCGCUGGUCCACGAACGACUGGAGGACCUGCGCGGCAAACCCAUGGACCGCCUGGCGUCUAUCCGGUCCUACGACGACAUGCCGACGGAGGCUCUGAGACAGCGCCUCAAGCUGCUGACGGACGAUAAGUCACAACUCCGCAGUCAGCUGAUGGACUAUCGGAUCAGGAUCGAGCAGGAGGGGAAGGCCUUCCAUAGGACCAACGACGAGAGGCGGGCCUACCUGUCUGAAAUUGCCAAGCUGUCCUCCACCGUGGAGGCCCAGAGGAGGCAGUACUCCAUGCCGCCACAGAGGGCGGCAGAGAGCCAACCCAGGGCGAAGCAGUGGAGCAGGAAGUCUGAAGGCGACGCCAAGAGAGGAAAAGCCAAAGAGAGCGAGGGAGGAGGGGGACAUGUGAAAGGAGGGGGAGGCCCCAAAGCCCAGCAUGGAAGCAGGUUGCCCACCCUCAAGCAUCACGUGAAACACUAAAAACAAAAACCUGCCGCCCACUUUGCGCUUCCUACAUUUGCAACUUGCCAAGCAAGAAGUCCUCCCAUGCAUGUUACAUGAGCAGCCUCACGCCAACACAACACCAGCUGGUCCUCUCUGGACUGUGUACCUAAUGAAGUGUCCUCUAAGAACACAAUCCAAUCUGAUAGAAAUGUCCAUAACGUGGACAAAAUACAUGGACUGAUGUGUUCAGGGGUUCUUCACAUUUUUGACCCGGGGACCCAACUUUUCCACUGUGGAGGGCCCUGUUAGUUGCAUUUUUUUUUGUUGUCAACAUGACUAGGGAAGGUUGUCUGGAUCGUGUCAUAUAAGUAAAUGCUGUAUUGAUUGAGGUCAUCAACCUGACAUACUCACAUUGUCCACAAGAGAUUAAUAUUAAUAUUGCGUGAUCAAUACAGCCUUUGCUUAUAUGACACGAUCCAGACAACCUUCCCUAGUCAUGGUGCCAAAAAAAAAAAAAAAAAAAAUGCAACUAACAUAAAGGCCGACACACGUGGCGACACAUAACACAACUUGCUCAGUGAACUUUGUGGAUAUUAUAGAAAAAAACGUCCAAACACCAUCAAAAAUGUCUAAAUGACACCCAUUUAAAUCCAUUACAAAGCAUGAUGGGGAAAAACGCAAAAGACUCCCCACACUUAUCCAUGUUUGGCUGCUUGAUAUUGCUGAUUGAUUACACAACUUUUAAGGAGGUCGUCACGGAAGUAAACAAGGUAGGAGUACAACUUUCACAUACCCUUAGUAUCCAAUUAUACUACCGGUAAUUAUUAAUUAUAUAUCCAUUAUUUUGAUAUAAAAUGUGUACACACACCACAC